UUUCUGUCUUGACCUAUGAGGAAAAUGUGUGUGUGUGUGUGUGGUUAUCCCUGUUCAUCAUGUUGUAUUCAGGAUGUGGACAACGCAGCUCUGUCUCGUCUGGACCUGGAGAGGAAGGUGGAGUCGCUUCAGGAGGAGAUCAACUUCCUGAAGAAACUACACGAUGAGGAGCUGUUGGAGCUGCAGUCUCAGGUGCAGGUGUCGCAGCAGGUGCAGAUGGACAUUGAUGUGGUGAAGCCAGACCUGACGGGCGCUCUCAGGGACGUCCGCUCUCAGUACGAGAACCUGGCCUCCAAGAACAUGCAGGAGUCCGACGACUGGUACAAGUCUAAGUUUGCUGACCUGACUGAUUCUGCAGCCCGUAACAACGAGUCUCUACGGAUUGCUAAGCAGGAGGCUAAUGACUACAGACGCCAGGUGCAGGCACUCACCUGUGAGAUCGAUGCCCUGAAGGGAAGCAAUGAGUCUAUGGAGCGGCAGAUGAGGGAGAUGGAGGAGAACUUCAGUAUGGAGUCGUCUGGUUACCAGGACAACGUCAGUGGUCUGGAGGAGGACAUUAGGAACAUGAAGGAUGAGAUGGCCAGACACCUCAGAGAAUACCAGGAUCUCCUCAAUGUCAAAAUGGCCCUGGACAUAGAGAUAGCUACCUACAGGAAACUACUGGAGGGAGAGGAGAGCAGAAUCACCUCUCCAUUGCCAAACUUCUCCUCCUUAAACCUGAGAGAAACCAUGAUGGAUUCCAGACCCAUGGUUGAAACCACAAUGUCCAAAAAGGUUCUGAUAAAGACGAUCGAGACCAGAGAUGGACAGGUGAUCAAUGAGUCCAUGAACCAUGACGACCCCAUCGAUGUCUUCAACUAGAGACCAGCCAUCUACAACACAGGAAAACAUAGAUGAUAUUUGUAUCUAGAUUCUAUUUCUAUAACCCGCAGCCAUAAACAAUAUAUCUGUCUGUUAUAUAUCUGGAUUAUGUUUCUGGACCAUUCCCUCAGACAGGACUACCUACCCACAGUAAACAACCAGACAGGACUACCUACCCACAGUAAACAACCAGACAGGACUACCUACCCACGGUAAACAACCAGACAGGACUACCUACCCACAGUAAACAACCAGACAGGACUACCUACCCACAGUAAACAACCAGACAGGACUACCUACCCACGGUAAACACCCUGACAGGACUACCUACCCACAGUAAACACCCUGACAGGACCACCUACCCACAGUAAACACCCUGACAGGACCACCUACCCACAGUAAACACCCUGACAGGACCACCUACCCACAGUAAACACCCUGACAGGACCACCUACCCACAGUAAACAACCAGACAGGACCACCUACCCACAGUAAACACCCUGACAGGACUACCUACCCACAGUAAACACCCUGACAGGACUACCUACCCACAGUAAACACCCAUCCAAACCUGCUUCAAGUGUCUUGUUACUGUGUGAGCCUGCUAGAAUAUUCCACCUGUUGUGAGCUAGACGUUAGGGCUGAGACUGUUAUUCUAGGACAUGUUUGCACUACUUCUAGGUGGUGGACAGGGAGAGAAGAGAGAGAGGGAAUGGAGAGACUCUAGAGUCGACAGAAACAUUACAUUUGUCGUCACAGGAAUAUUUUGUUAACUCUGUAAAAACCAGUCAAUGUUACCAGAUACAAUAUAAUUAUUUGUCUGAAUGAACCAGCUGGCCUGUCCUUCACGGCCUGUCCUUCACGGCCUGUCCUUCACGGCCGGUCCUUCACGGCCUGUCCUUCACGGCCUGUCCUUCACGGCCGGUCCUUCACGGCCUGUCCUUCACGGCCGGUCCUACAUCUGUCAGUCUAGCGGAAGAGCAACACAUUAAACACUGUUCAUCUAAAGAACAAUAAAACUGGUAGACAGACA